GCUGGACACGGGUGUUGCUGUUAUAUUAUUAUUUACAUUCACUUUCCAUCGAGUUGUGCAUGAGUCAGUUGCUUGCGAAACUGUGGAAUAGGUGAAAUACAGUCCGUGAAACUAUAAUUUCGAAUAGUUUUGCUGCAUAUCUCCGAUACAUCUACGUUUAUUGCUCCUGAAAACAGCAUUAAAUUGUUUAAUUUUAUUUCUGUUAAAAUACGUUAGUGGAAUAGUAGCCAGUGGGAAAUCUAGCAGCGAAGAAGCAAUGUCGAAAGAAUCAGCUUCAACAUCAGUGCCAUCAUCUUCAAAAGGUCAACAGCCUGGAAAAGAUGAUAGAGCGCCUAGUGAAGGAACCGAUGUUUGUUCCUGCGCCGGAACUAGCAGCGGCGAUGAUGAUGAUGUUGAGUACUGUGAGAACUCUCCAUGGGUAUUUAUACCCGAGCCAGUGUUUGCAAAAAUAUUCUUUGGAUUGGAACCAAAAGAUAUUUUGAAUGCUGGUCAGACGUGCAAACGCUGGAAUAAACUAUCUCGAGAUGACUACAUUUGGCGGAAAUAUUUCCAACGGGAAUUUAAUGUGGAUGUAAAUAUUAGCCUGAAGCCAGGUGCGGAAUCCUGGAGAUGCGAGUAUAAACGGCUCACUGAUAAUGUUCCGAUGGUAAUGACUGAUGUAUUGACGAAUCAUUCACAUCAGGUGUUGCAUGUUAGCUUCUCGCACAAUGGGAAAAUGUUUGCAACGUGUUCCAAAGAUGGAUUUGUCAUUGUUUGGAAUUCUGCAUAUCCAUCGACGAUUCGAGAUUCAUAUGACAUGCGUAAAUUAAGCUGGAAGUACACCCAAUUUUCACAGUUCAAUCAAAGUGAUACGUUACUGUUGGUGUCUGGUGUCCACUUCGGAUCUCCACACAGUACCUCCGGAGAGAUUGCCGUAUUCACGGUUCAAAAUGGAUUUCGUUUGAAAUGUCGCGUUACUAACCGACCUUAUGACAUCUUCGGUACAUGGUUUAGCGAUCAACAUUUGCUGUCUGGCGAUCUGAACUGGUUGGCGCAUUUGGUUAGUACAUCGAUACUCUGGUUGAACAAGGCAAAUCAGGAGGUUGAUUCGGAACAUACACCUAUUCGUAACCAGAUGUACAAGUUCUACAAUAGAAAUGCCAGCUCAAUAAGGGCUAUAAUGGUGGCGAAUUGUCCCUGGUUGAAUGAUGAUAUUGCGAGCAAGAAUGAAGAAACCGGGACGGAAGGACCCAGUGGUUCCAGAGGCGCUGGCGAUCGAAGCAGUAAUGAUGAUGAGGAAGAAGAUAAAAGAAUAGGGAAUCCGCUCUCGCAUUAUCAAAUGAAUCAAGAUCAAGCGAUGGAGGAUGUCUAUCGUGCUGGUAGAGUUUUUAUUCCAGAAAUCGAUCUUGAUUUUCCAUAUGUCCCUUUGGAGAAUCACGACUAUGCCAGUCCCAUCCACUAUUUGGAUGAGUUUCGGCGAGAGUAUGAAGAUAGUUUCUACGAAUCCUCUGACGACUGUUUGGAUGAUGACGACGAUCAGGAAGACGACGAUAUGUCGGAAGUGGAUGAUUUGGAUAACCUUUGUCCAAAAUAUUUGAUAUUCUCAACAGGGUCCAAAACGUACACACCUCACCAAAUCGGGUUCAAACGAAUAGGCAGUGUAAAUUUUCCACGCCGAUUGGAUCCCGGACCUUCGUUGAAGGAGCGUAUUGCCCUGCGGGAACGACAACGCGAGCUGGAGGUAAUUAUGCGAGAGAUGUCACAAGAAGAAAUCCGCCUCCAAUAUAUAUUACAGAACGAAACUCCUCCGGUAGAACCCAACUGGGCCAACUAUGAGUCGGUGGCCGACCGUUUCGAUGUAGUUGACAAGCUCAUCGAUCUACAUGGGCAUAUAAUUGGGAUGGGUUUGAGUCCAGAUCACCGGUAUCUGUACGUUAACAGCCGGCCUUGGCCCAAGAAUUACGUGAUACGGAAUCCACUGGAGCCACCUCCAAUAGCACAAGAGAUUGAUAUUCACGUGAUCGAUCUUAUGACGCUGAAGAAGGUGGGCACAAUGCUCAGAGCGCAUAAAGCAUAUACACCCAAUACAGAGUGCUUCUUCAUCUUUCUGGACGUUUGCGAUAGCUAUGUUGCAAGCGGCGCUGAAGAUAUGCACGCGUACUUGUGGGAUCGAUACUACGGAGUUUGCUUGGCUAAAUAUCAGCAUGGAGAUGUUGUCAACAGUGUAGCCUUCAAUCCGCGAGACAACGAAAUGCUCGUGACUACGAGCGAUGAUUAUGAAAUAAAGAUCUGGAGAUCGCUAUCUCAAGCGAAAAAACUUGGCAUACAACCCGUUGGCAAAGCGGUUGAAUUCAGAAAAGUAAAAGCAAAAUCAGCGGUUCCAUAGAACGGAGCGGAUUGCGCGGGUCGCGUUUUAUCUCGUGUUAAUGGAUUUUCUUGUUAAUAUUGAUAACAUUGCAAAUUUUCGAUCGAAAUCUAGUCGAUAAAGCGUCAUUGACAAGUGAUAUAUUGAAGUCAAUUGUGAAUUGUUUGGUAUUGAGGGAUCCAAGAUUACUGGUUAUCGAAGAAGAUCCCUGUCAUACGCCGAAAAAGUGAAUACUUAACCGAUUCUGAAUAGAGAAUAUUUCCGUUUUAAUAUUAGAUUGUACAUAAAUAUAUAUUGUUAGUGUUGAUUCACCGCAAAUGAAGUAGAUUUGGAUUGUUGUAUUUCAACAAGUGCAUCAAAAUCGCGAAAGGCAAAUUUUAUUUACUGUAGAUCACAAAUGUAUAAAACUGUAUUUGAAAAGUUCAGAGUUUCUAUUCUAUUUUAUUAUUGUUUUAAAUAAAAAUCCGGGAAAAGUU